ACGCGACCGAGGGUGGACUGGAAGCUCAACAGUUCAGUGCAUGUGCACCUAAUAAGGGUGAAGUGGGUGGAAUCAUAUGAACUAUAAUUGGUGGAAUAGUCUAUAGUGAUUAGUGAUAGGUGUUUGCUACUCGAUGGUUAUUGGAAAUCUCUUUUUUUAGAGGGUUAUUCGUUUCUAUUAUUGCAGAUUUUGGUGAUAUAUGAAUAUGUGUUUAAAAAGAGAUUUCUUUAUGAGUAGUAAAUACGCACAUAUAAAACAUGAUUUUAAAAAUAAAAAACUGACUACACUAAACAUUUCUACGCCUUGUGCUAUUCAAAUUACUCAGUGAAAUGAAAUGAAGUGCCAAGCAAACAUGAAUAAAAUAUACCAGUGAUGAACGAAAUAAACAUGGAAUCCAACGGCCAAUUAGCAAUCGACACUAAAAGUGAGAACGAAGAAAAAACACCAGAAAAAAUAACCAUAACCAUAGACAAAACUGAUGGCGGGAAAACUGAGACCAACGGAAUAAAGCCUCUAGAAGUGAAAAUACAAAAUGGCGGGGAAAAAGGAGACUCGAAGGACUUGUUGGGAGUUCCGCGGAAUGGACACCGCAUGUCCUUUAUGGAAGAAGAGAGUGCGAAAGAGAGGAUGCGGCUGUCACUUCUGAAGCAAUGCUCUGGGAUCCUGAGGCAAGGAGAUCAGAAGUACAAUAAGGAGUCGCUGCACAAAGCCUUUCAGGAUGAGGACUUGUUGGAGCGCAUAUUCCGCCUCUUCGACACGGACCGACAGGAUGAGCUGGUGCAGACCGACUGGAUAGAAUUCCUGAAGGCAAGACUCACUGAAGAGAAGCAGUUGGAGCUAAUAGAGCACAUCGAGAGCGUUGCUUACUUAACAUGCGGCAGUGAGCACAUUGACCUCGACACCUUCCAGCUGAUCCUGAGGAACAGACUGGUGACCGCAAGACUCUUCAAGGUGGUGGACACAGAUGGUGACGGCUACGCGACCGUCGACGAUAUCAUGGAGUUCCUAUCCACAGUAUCAAGCACACGACCUCGCGUCGGUUUUGACCGGACCAGUGUGGACCAACUUGAGCAACUGUUCCGGCAGACGGUAGGGGACCAGAAGGAGAUCACCAGAGAACAGUUCGAGAAGAUAUUGGUCUCCAAAAACCCCUUCUUCACGGAGCGCGUGUUCCAAAUCUUCGACGAGGACGACUCGGGCGCGAUAUCGCUGCAAGAGUUUAUCGCCGCCGUCCAUCGCUUCGCCGGACACUCACAUGAGGACAAGAUCCGAUUCCUCUUCAAAGUCUACGAUCAGGAUGGUGACGGCCUCAUCCAGCACCGAGAGCUUCAGCAUGUGAUGCGAGCGUGUAUGGAGGAGAAUGGGAUGACGUUCAGCGAACAACAGCUUUUGGAGCUAACGACGGCCAUGUUUGAAGACGCUGACACUGAGCAGAGAGGCGCUAUCACAUACGAGGCGCUGCGAGGGCAGCUGGACAGACACGGCGGCUUGCUACAUAAUCUAUCAAUCAGCAUCGAUCGUUGGCUGGUCCCCGCCACUCAGCCGCAGCGCACGUCCCUCCGCCACCGACUCUCAGCUCUCAAGCCCUACCAGCUCUCACUCCCUUACUUCAAGAACAACUAUGUCUUCCUCAUCUUUACUGGCUUGUUCUUCCUAGUGAACAUUGGGCUCUUCAUCGCUAGGAUCGUGGAGUAUCAGGGGUCGAAUGGUUUUGUUAUUAUGGCGAGAGCUUGCGGUCAAUGCCUAAACUUCAACUGCGCAUGGGUGCUGGUGCUGAUGCUGCGGCUGUGUAUCACGCAGCUGCGCGUGCGCGGCGCCAGCAGCUUCCUACCGCUCGACCAUCACAUCUACCUGCACAAGCUCACCGGCGUGCUCAUUGGCAUCUUCAGCGUUGUACAUACGUUCAUGCAUAUCUGCAACUUCAGUUUGAUAGUAGUAAAUGACCCGAAACUGAACGGGGCUAACUUCUCAACUUGGGAGUGGCUGCUGACAGAGCGCCCACACCUCUUCGGACUGGUGCACGGCUGUGCCAAUCCUACUGGUUUCGCGCUAGUGGUUAUCCUUGCGGUCAUGUGUAUCUGCAGUCAACCCUUCAUUCGCAGAGGGGGCAGCUUUGAAAUUUUCUACUGGACACAUCUCCUGUACGUGCCGUUUUGGCUACUCCUUCUGUUCCACGCACCCAACUUCUGGAAGUGGUUUAUUCUACCGGGCACGCUAUACGUCACUGAAAGAAUUAUCCGGCUAGCUGCAAUGAGGUCAAACCAUGGCAAGACAUACAUUUCUUCAGGGAUCCUGCUGCCAUCGCGCGUGACGCAUUUGGUGGUGCGCAGACCACCUCUCUUCGAUUUCCACGCGGGUGACUACGUGUUCGUCAACAUACCGGCUAUAGCGCGGUACGAGUGGCAUCCUUUCACCAUCAGCAGCGCUCCUGAUCAAGAAGAUUACAUCUGGCUGCACAUUCGAGGCGUUGGUCAGUGGACGAACACGCUGUAUGAAUAUUUCGAGAAGGAACAUGCUAAGCUGCACGCCGGAGAAGUACCCGCUGAGCAUGAGAAAGUAACAAGAACAGGUUCAAAUCAAAGUAACAAAAGUAAACGCAAAGGUUCUUCUGGAGAUGGCAAGAAACGCUCAGUUGACUUUUCGCCAGAAGUGAAAGAGUACACCAACGAGGGUUUCACUUUAGAUGAAGACAGGGAAAUGGAUUUUAAAGCAUUGUCACCUUCUCCCAACGGCCGCCCAACGCUGCUUAACCUUACGCCAAUGAAGCAUUUGGAGAAAUCUCGCUCGAUGCCCGACGUCCAUAACAAAGACAAGAAUAAGCAACGACUAUUAGCGUUGCAGGACUAUCCACGCUCUGAGUCGGAACGGUCUUUCGACAUCGGUUCCAUGGCCAGCGCUCGCCGUGCUGCGCUGGGGCUUGCUUACAAAAGCCCGCAGAACCGGGCGCUGGCUCAUAGCUUCAGGUAUAUGCGCACAAAGCCGACGAUCAUCGCGUUCAAGACGCCAAGCCUGGAGAGCUGUGAACAGCGCCGCCGAUCCAACGAGAGCAUACUCACCGUCGCUCGUCGGCGACUAUCCAAGAGCCUGUCUCCUGACAAGGACCUGGAGAGUCCACCCGCCAUCACCGUGCAAAGCCCUAGCGAGGCCUCUACGGCUGAGUCCUUCGCCAACUAUCCUGUAGGGAAGCCCCUCGAGAUUUAUCUUGACGGGCCGUAUGGAGCAGCAUCCUCGCACAUAUUCCGUGCAGAACACGCUGCGCUCAUUGCUGCGGGAAUUGGAGUCACUCCCUUUGCUUCUAUUUUACAGGCCAUUAUGUACCGGUACUGGAACUCGCGAAACGUGUGUCCUCGCUGCGAUCACAAAUGGGUUUCAAACAUCGCACAAAACAACAUGAACCUCAGAAAGGUGGAUUUCUUCUGGAUAAACCGCGAGCAGCGCUCCUUCGAGUGGUUUGUGUCGCUUCUAUCGCAACUCGAGAUCGAGCAGGCGGAGAGCGGCGCGCGCUUCCUCGAGAUGCACAUGUACAUCACCAGCGCGCUGCAGAGGAGCGACAUGAAGGCUGUAGGGCUCCAGCUGGCGCUGGACUUGCUUCAUGAGAAGGAGAAACGUGACCUGAUCACAGGGCUGAAGACACGCACGAAUGCAGGCCGCCCCAACUGGGACAAGGUGUUCCAGCAGCUACAGGAACAGAGGAAAGGAAAGGUGACAGUGUUCUACUGCGGGCCCCCACAACUCGCGCGCAUACUGCGCGUCAAAUGCGAUCAAUUCGGCUUCAGCUUCAGGAAGGAGGUGUUUUAAACUCGAGCUAUCGAGCUUUAUAGGUGCUGUUAUACGGGCAAAUAUCGCCGAAUCUUGCUUAAAAACUGCAAAUGCCGUGUGGUUAAUAAUGUAAAUAUGUAUUGAGCUUAUAGUUUAUUCAAUAAAGAAGUUAAUAAUUAUUUAAAUUCGAAUACCGCCCCUGUAAGGCUAGCACAUUGGUGAGAAAUUAUCUCGCCGCGACAGAGAUUGCCUGUCCUUAUGUAAUUAUUGCAAUUAGAAAAAGACGUGUGAUCUAAAAAGUACCUUAUGUCUCAUGGAAAAACAUAUCCCUUGUUUCAGUUGAUCGAUAUCGAGCCUAUUAGAUAUCUGUGUUCUAUAAUUUUAUGGUAACAGGCUUAAGAAGCACAUACAUACAUGACAUACUUACCUACACUGACUGACUCAUAAAUAGAUUAACUUAUAUUAUCUAUUUUCAAUGUUUUAUGUGAGAAAAUAAUUAAUACCAACCACUCAAAAAUAAGUCAUUGGAUGACACUGAAUCUGGUUUACUUACUCAUUUAAUUAUUUAAGUAAGUAAUAUAAAUAAUAUAUACGGUAUUAAACAAUGGACUAGAUCUAUGCAAAUUAUUACAAUAAUUAAUUUAAUGUUUCUUUAUACUUUUCGUAAAGAAACAUAUUGUGAAUCGUGUAUCGUGUAGAAUUAGCAACUUAAGCGACAUCAUCAAAUCAUUACAUUUAAUUUAUUUUAAAAUAAGUAGUAUAUUAAUAUUCCGCUGAUGAUGACGUCAUAAUUAAUCCCAUAAAUAAUGUCGGCAUAAUCUAUUGUGUAGAGCAAACUAUUCAAGGCUCUAAUAUUUUUAACUUAGGUAGUUCCGUGUAUAGAUAAUAAAUAAUAAUUUAAAUUGAGGCAAAUAUAAUUAUUUAUACUAUUGUUGUUUCGGUGAUAAACUAU